UUUACGUCGUAUUUUAACAUCAAGUUUAUGUAGUAAAUUAAAUAUAGUAAAAGGAUUUAAAUACUAAAAGUUAAAAUUAGUUUAUUUUAAUAAAAAUGCCGGGAAAGAAAAAAAAUAAAGGAUCAAAAUUAGGAAAAAUGAGUGAAGAAGAACGAUUACGUUAUCUUCAGCAUCGAGCUGAAGUAGAAUUAGAAGCUAAACGACGAAAGCAGCAGCUUAUUGCCGGUUUUACUAAAAAUAAAUUAAAACGUGAGGAGGCAUUUUCUCGUUUAAAUCAUGCUAAAAUAAAUGAACAGUGGAGAUUCAAAUUACGGGAAUUUAAAUCUCGGGAAUUAUACGAUCAGGUUGAGUAUCUAUGGAAUUAUUUUGAUGAAACAUUUAAUAAAAAAAAUUCAAUAAUUGAUAGACUUUACCAUGAAUUGGAAAAUUCAGAUGUUAAUCAUCGCCGUCUUCAACAAGUACAUAUUUUAAUGAUUGAUAAAUUGAUUGAUAGUCAUAGAAAGAGACUUGAGGGCUUACAUAAUAAUUAUAUUAAAUAUUUAAUGUUGAUAAAAAUUGGAGAGUUUAAUGAAAUGGGCGAGGCUAAACGAGAAUUAAUUGAUAGUUGUAAACAUUUAGAAACUGUUAUUUAUACUGAAAAUUAUUUAAUAAAUAAUAAAUUAGUGAAAACUAUGACAAGAAAUGCUAUCAAUACCUACAAUAUUGAAUUUACAAAAAUUAAAGAUAUUGAUGAAAUUCGAAAAAAAACAGGAGAUAACAUUUCUAAAUUAUGGUUUAAAUUAAGACAAACAAUUGCCAAUUAUGAAAAUAAAACUAAAAAUCUAAGACAAGAGUAUGAUAAUUUAAAAAAAUUUGAUGAAAAUCACAAAAAUAAAACAAUUCAUUUUCCACAACUUGAACAUUUUUUGACAUCAACAAUAGACAUUUUAAAAAAUCAAGAAAAUUUAUUGACAGAGACGCGAAAUAAAACUAUUAAAGAUUUAGAGGUGAAAAUUGAAAUUUUUAAUAGACGUGUUCUUAAGCUGAGAGAUAAAUCAAGUGUUGAUAAAAUUACCGAUAACGUACAAUUAAAAAGAUUAAGUGUUGUUAGUGGAAAAGUAAUUGAUGAUUUGAAAAAGAUUGCGGAAAAAAGGCAUACGGUAACUCUACUAAUUAAUUUGUGUUUAAAUAUUGAGCCCUUUUUAAUAGGCAAGUGUACACAAUUUAUUAAUCAAGAAGAAACUGAUGAUGACGAUGAUGAUAAUAAAGAGUUUAAUUUAGUGACAAAAGACCAGUCAAUGAUUGCUCCUUACAAUCUUUUAGAUUUAAACUUUUGGAAAGCAUUUAAUUAUGUCAAAGCGGAAAAUUAUAUUCGGAAAAAACAAUUAAGUAAAGCGAUUGCUGAAAAUAAUAAAUUAAAACGUUAUAUGAAAUCGUACUUUGGGGCCGUAACUCGAGCAACUUCUAAAUUAAUUGAUUGA